AUGACCCAUGAACGACCUGGCUCCAACAGCACAUUCGAAGCUUCUACGAUUCCACACCGCACCACCGGCUUAUCACCAUUAAGCACCGAUCUUGAAGAAGACAGUGCAUGGGAGAGUCUCAAGGUCGAAGCUAAAGUCCCUAUUGAAGAAUAUGUUAUCACAGGUGACAAAGCCAGACCACGUGAAGAUAUUCUGAAGAAUUCACUACAUGCAUUACUUGACUGGCUUCUCUGGGGAGGGUGUGACUCCUAUCCACGAUCCAUUCUCAAAGCUAAAUCGGACCGAGCCCUAUGGGAUCAUUUCUGGGUUGUAUGCUGUUUUCUUGCAGCACCAAGUAAGUAG